CAGGAAGCAUGACUAAUUUCAAAAGAAAAGGCAUGAAAAUAAAACAUGAACAAAAACACAUUUAAACGUGACAAAAUGUAGCAAGACAAUUCCAAUAUUGUCAGUUUUAAUUGUUAUUUUUUUACUACAGUAAUAAUCACAAAAUACAGUACUGCCUUGUUUUUUUUUUUUUUUUUCUAAUUUAUUAUAUUUAAGAUGUCCUUUUCAGAUAAAGAUACUCUAGUAUUACCUGAGGACCUCACACCAGCCCUCAGUGAGUAUGUAUUUGUAUGGAUGCUUACUGGUGCAUGAGAGAAUGGACUUCACCUGGUGCCAGGUGUCCGUUUGAUCUAAAGUGUGUUCUUAUGAGGUGUGCAUUAUUUGUAAUCGUUAAUAUCAGAGACUUCUUCCCCAACUUAUUUGUAUUUUCCCUUCCUCUGAGGAUGGUCACUUAAACCUGGCGUUGUAGUCAGACUUGUAUUUUAAAAUGAAGGAGAAAUAAAGAUUGGUUUCUUAAGUUUUGUGUUUGUUAAUUUUAUAGAUGUCUCUUUUUUCUAGAAGCAUUUGUGGAACAGAUGUCAAUUUCAUGUUGCUGCAUUUCAGCUUUCAAAAUGCAAAUAAAAGUAUAUUGAUGAGGUUAUGGUUCGUAAGGUUUUACAAUGAGCUGUGUAUAAAAUAAUACAUUUGAAAGGAUGUCAACAGCAAACUGACCACAGUGAGUCAUUUAAUAAGGUGGAAAAUAUUCAAAUCAAACUACUUUUUCCUUUUCAAAUGAAAAUACAAUUGCAGUAGUACUUUAUUAAUUUUGCCUCUUUUAUUUGUGGGAAAUCUUUUUCUCUUUUUUAAAUAGUUUGUGCUUAGCAAUAUAGGAGCAUCUUUAAUUUUUUUUUUUUUUAAAUAGGUGAGUCAAUCGAAAGGAUAUGCCUAUAAUACAUUAUUUGUUAAUAGAAAAAAAAAAUGAGUUAGGAGCACAUUCUGUUGCUGCCAAAAGCCUUUGGGGAGAGCUGGUACUGUUGCCACCACGAUCAGGGGCCAGAUUCACCAAAAAUCUUCUGGAUUUUUAAAUUUUUUUUAAUUGAAAUUCUUAGUAUAUAUAUUAUUAGAAGUUUGUAAGAAGUUCCUUAGUGCAAUUCGUUAAGAGCAUUCAUUAGAACAUUCUUAAAGCCUGGUCACAUUUACCUUUGCAUGCCGAAAUUCCACUGGCGAAAUAAAGUCAUCUCAAUGGGGAUCUCCACAAUCAGCAAUUUCGCCUGAUGGACUUCAGUGGCAAAGAAGUUUCCUGUAGGGUUUGAGUUUAGUUAACUUUGACACAUGAAUUCACAGCCUUGACCAAAAUGAAGGUGCUUGGUUUGGCAAUGUCUUUUGUGUGGGUGGUGCUUUGUACAUAGUGCUUCCUACUCUGAAUAUUCACAAUGGAUGAGGAACUCAUGUUAGCAGUGAGUGUCUUUAUAACAGUACUUUCCCAGAGUCUGCAGCAAAUGCAGCAUAAAAAAAGAGGCUACUUGACUAGUUUUUGAGGGUUUCACACUUGCUUAACAUCUGCCUAUACCUUCUUCAGCUUAACUCAACUCUGAAGAGCUGGUCAUCAACAUUUAGAAACAGGACUGAACAGCAAGGUGCAUACCAGAAGAUUUGCAGUGGUUAAAGGGAUAGUUCACAUUUGGUAGUAAAUUUGUAUGUGAUCCCAUUUCCAUUGUAAAUAUGGAAACUGAUCCAGUGAAUUGCCCAUAGUUUUCAUAAUUAUACAAAAAUGGUUAUGUCAGGUUUAUUAAUCACUGGGAUAUAUACAUAGGUUAAGCUAGUGGUUUUAUGAAAAGAACAUUACAUAACAGAAAGGACUACAGACUGAUCACAUUGUGAAUUUUGCAACAGUAGGUCAUGUAUUUUUAGUUGUAAGCAAGGGCGUAGUCAGAAAAUUUAUUUUGGGUGGGCCUCAAUAAAAAUGGAUGGGCCAGUGAAAGGUGGUGAAGUUUGAAUUGAUGCAUAAAUGUCUGAUGGCGUUUGGCACUUAUUAGUAAUCCAGCAGAAUGGGGUCGAUUGCAGGGUAGACAAACAAAAAUUAAGUGAAAGAACUCCAUACACAGCUGAAGCUAAAUCACAAUUUAAGUGGUUUUUCAAGAUUUUCAGAGGCCCCGUUUUUUUUUUGCCAGUUGUAGAGCACUGAGUUUUCAGGUCUAAUGGCUUCUAAUCAUAAUUUCAUUUUCUACUGCACAACAUUUACAUCAAUCUAUAGCACACCGCUCUUAAGGUCCCUGAAAGUCUUAAUGAGAUGGUGCUUUUGCCCAUUCUAUAUGCAUUCAAAUUAUGGGGUGGAGCCUCCAGUGUUCUUAAAAGAAAGUUGUUGCUCUUAGUGGCCAGCGGGAAAAUAGAUUCCUACAGCAUUAACAUGAACUUAUUGGAAUUUACCAUACUGACUGUGCCUGUUUCUGGUGCUACCAUUCUGAUGAACAUGUUUUUUGUGUACUGUAUGUUUUUUCCAGAGAACGGAACAAAGAACAGCCUGAAGCCACCUCUGAAUGUUUUACUGGGAUCACUUAUUGGGUGCAACCUCACUCUUAAUGUUUUUAACCUGUUGUUUGUGUUGUUUGACCAUUUUCAUCCAGCUACGUGGCUAUACACCAUUUCAUACGCUGUUACUCUGUUUGCCAUGAGGACCAGUUUUACCUCCUCUCUUGGACUGAAUGUGUUUUACUACUUUCAGAUUGUUCCUGUCCGGCAGGCUUUUUUGGUCUGGGUGAAGACGCACAUCAAAGUCUUUAUGUACUUGACAUUGUUUUUUGAUAGAAUCUUCUUUUCAUUUGAAUUUGUUCUAGAAAUUACAUACCCAUUGGAAGAUGCUGUGCCUGCAGCGGACUUGAAUUUAACCAGUGUUCAAGUGAACAUCACCAAUGGAAACAUGGAUUUAAAAUAUUUUCUGUUAACAACAAACUUUUGGCUUAACUGUGGUUAUUUUUUCCUUGGUGUUGUCAUUAUGCUGGCAUCAAGCAGUGCCACCGUUCUCUACCUGUGGAGUCACAUGAAGAGUAUGAGGGAGAACAUCAGCUCUUUUUCUGCACUUCAUCUCCAGAGGCAAAUGAGAGUGACCAUCAUGGGCGUUUUACAGACAGUCCUCUACUUUAUCUCCUCAGGAUGGCUUACAGCAGAAGAUAUAAUUUUUUACUAUUUUGUUGAACAUUUUGAUCAAGGUGAAUAUUUGUGUGACUCUGUUGUGGCACUAUACUCUCUUGGAACAACCAUCAUUUUAUGUGUUGGUCAGACAAUAUUCCGGCUUAGGGUGAUAGAUAUCUGGAAAAAACUUCUGCAAACCCUGAAGUUUUCAUCUGACUGAAGGCACAAACCUCUUUCCUCAUAACUCACUUUAGGUCAUUGAACUUCUGGCAUCAGAUGCAUUUAUUGGCAUUGUUAAAGGGGGAUAUAUUGGAAAGCAAUACUGGGGUAGCACUCAAAGUAAUGGAUGUAAAAAUACAUAAAUAAAUAAAUAAAUACAAAUAAUAAUAUAACAUGAACAUGAACAUGAAAAAUCACAUUAAGAUUCUAUUUUAUUUUAUUCCAUUUUGUUCUAUUCUGGACAUUAAAUUAGAAAAGUUUCUGUUUGUGCAUUAAGUUUAUGCAUUGUACCCCAACCCUUAUGGCUGAACUGAUUAAUGAGAAGAAAUAAUAGAAAAGGAAACAUGAUUAAUUAUGUCAGCUGUCAUAGUCUAGCAUAUAUGAAAUAUAUGACAACUUAAGUUGUUUAAGACAGCAAAAUAAUAAUAAAAAAAAAAAAAAAAAAAAAAAAAAGGGAUUUUGAAUUCCUUGGCUAUACUUUAUUUUACUGUAACAGCCAAACAGUUUUCCUGGUAGGCUACUGUAAGUUUAUAUUUUAUGGGGUCCAAAUGAGAGGGGAAGCUUGCACACAAUGUGUAGAAAAAGUCUUAUAAUCUUUUAAUUUAUUGAGAGGCCAAAAUGUGCUCAGUGCAAAGACAAAACGUAUUCGAUUUACAUCGUCAUCAGUGUCAAGUUAACAAUAGCACACCUGAUUCUAUUUAUAAAGAGGGAGUAUUUACUGUAGUUGUCCUAAUAGUUUGCUAAAUGUUAUAGAUGUAUAUUGCCUCUUUAUAUGGUAUACUGGCAUUCAUAUAUAUUACUAAAGUAACAAAGACAAGUUAUCAAGAAUCUACGUGUAUAUAUCAGGAGAUAGAGGACACAAAUUACAUAAAAAAAUUACAUUUAAAAAAAUUAACUAUUAUAUUAUUAUAUCACAACCAUACCAAUAAUAUUCAUUAUUCAAAGAAGAAUUGUUGUAUGCACACAAAUCAGUGAGGAAUUAUAUUUUGUGUCAUAUAUACAUAAUACUUCGAGAAAUGUCAAUUAUGUCAAUACAAAUGUUGAUCAUGCAUAAUUCAAAAACAUGGGCAUAGUACAAUCACCCGAGAUUCAAAAAUGUCUACACUUAUUUCCAAAUGUAAACUGUACAUAGUUAUAUUUACAAAUAUAACUAUGUACAGUUACAUUAAAGUAUUAAAUAUAUUAAACAUUAUAUAUUAAAGUGGCGUGCAAUUGUUUUUUUUUGUUUUUUUUUGGUUUUUUUGCUCAUAUUCUCAAUUAUACGUGUUCUAAUUUGUCUAAUGGUUUUCCUCACAUAUUGUUUGUUGCAUGGACAAGAUAUUAUAUAAAUGACAUUCUCAGAACUACAAGUGACCAACUGUUUUGUACUGUACAUGCUGUACUGUCUGUUAUACAGCUCCUAAAUGAGCUGAUUUUUCUGUUGUUAUUCUUGCAGGCGGCGCAAUUAAAACA